CUGGCGAUCCCAACAGUCGUGGGCAGCCGGUUCGUUGGUCCGCCGACCCACUCACUACAGCAUGGAAGCAGGAGUCCUGUGGCAAUCGAUAUCAGAACCAUCUGCUUGGACAGAGAAAUCACAAGCACUGACGUAUGUGGUUGCUGAUGGUGUAUACCAUCGACUUGAAAUAUCACCCGGGAUACGAUGCGGUAUAGCCAGGGAACCACGCCCAAGCGGUACAGACGGGAAAUACUCAUGACAUUUAGAUGCUAUAAAAACGCCGAAGGUAGUCCUGGGACAGGACAUACGAUGAGUAUUAUCAAGGAUGAUUUCAUGCGUUUCUACCUUUUUCUCUUGAUUUGGCCUACGAUCAACACCGUUGAUAAAGUGACAUGGCUCCAGGAACGAGACCCCGAAAUGGAGAAGGAGCGAGACAGGAGAAUCAACCGAAGAUCGGACGCCCCCGCAAGUACCAUACCAAGGAGGAGGCGGACUCAGCUCGUCGGCGUCUCGCACGGGAUCUCUAUCAUCGUCGGAAGAGCAAGGCUGAUAAUCCAACCGCCAGAAGGAUCCGCUUUGAUACGGUCUUGAGGCCGCAAGAUUUUGAAGGUGCUGUUCCAUCUUCACCUCCUAGUACUCCAAUGAAGCGUUGGAACGACAAGAAGCCACACGAUGCGAGCCGGAAUGGCCUCGACUCUUCCGCACAUCCUUCCGCUCAACCCGGAACCAACAGCCGCAAUGUCAACCCACCACCACCAUCAGUACGAAACUGCCAGUGCCGAGUCAACAUGAUGCUCCAAGUAUCUAGGCUCGAAUGCGCGAUACGGGAAAUGGCCAUACUGCAACUCGAUAAGAUGGUCAAGGCGACGGGGGAUGUGAUUCGGAGCUGUCAACAGUCAACUCGCUGUGGGUGUUAUGUGGGCCCGGUGGACUUGGUCUGCAUCAUGAGCGUCUUUGAGCAGACGGCUUCUUGCUUUGACUAUAUUGCAAAAUCUGGCUUCGAUGGGAAUGGCAAGAUGCUAGUUUUAGAUCUCAUCAGACAGUCCAAUACACUGAUGGACUCGGUGGACGCUCUUGCACAGAAGAUGAUGGCGCCAUCGAGACAGAAGGAUCCGGGGAUCAAAGCUAUGGACCGAUCCCCAGUGUGUUUAAAUCAACUCAACCUAACUUAUGUACGAGAGGCUAUUGCAACAUUUAAAGAACUUUUUGGAUUUAUUACCAAAGUCCAUGGGGAGAUUUGAUACCGGGAUAUCAAAGUAUCGUCCUCUCUCUGUCGCUAUCGAGCCCUCGUUGGCACCAGGAUAUAAUCUCUGAUGAGAUGAGGUAGCUUUAUGCCUCGAUUCUUGCACAAUCGAUGCCAUCCAAGUAAAUAACACGUGUGGAUGCGUAUCAGAGAAAACCUACACAAUUCGAGGUUGGAAGGUACUGGAAAUGCCAGCCUUCAGGAUGGGGAGGAGUUUCGCGAUCAGAGUAAAUUGAGCGAAAUGGUCGAUAUGGAAAUAAUUCUCGACUGUGUCAUUUGUAAGGUCCUUUGGGACCUCGCAUACUCCUGGGAUAAUUAGUGAAUGGCGUGCUGGUAAGAUGCGG